CUCCUUCUCAGGCUCAUAACCUCACAUUGAACCAAAAUGGGCCAAAUAGAAGAACUCCCCGACGACUACGACGAGUCGCUCGAAGUCAACAAGCAGCCCCAACAACCCCCCGCGACCGCAUCCAAAGAUGAAUUCACCCCACCUCCCCCGGAGGAGCUCCCCAUUCCCAUCAAGGAAGAGCGCCUCAAAGACCUGAAUGCGGGCGCUGACCCCAUGGCACCUCAAAUGCCUCCUGCCAUGGAGGCUGUGAGCACGCACACGACAGACGAGCUGGCGGAUAUCCUGAACCGCACGCCGCUGUUCAUGACGGAUAUCAACAAGGCGUAUGAUGAGAACGGCGAAAACCCCUUCCUUGAUGCGAUCCGCGCGCUCCAGAACGAGGGUACCCGCGGCGAUGUCGCGCAGAACUUCCGUGAACAAGGAAACGAAGCUGCUCGCGAGAAGCGCUGGGCUGAUGCGAAGGAGCAUUACUCCAAGGGUAUUGCGGUCUUGCUGGCCAAGGAGGAUAAGUGGGAUAAGCCUGAGGAUGAGAAGGAGGAGGCCCGGUUGCGGAGGGAGGUCGAGGAGGCGUGCUAUAUUAAUCGCGCGCUGUGUCAUUUGGAACUGAAAAACUACCGAUCUACGACCCUCGACUGCGCAGCUGUGCUGAAGCUGAACCCAAAGAACGUGAAAGCGUACUAUCGGUCCGCCAUGGCGUUGUUUUCGCUGGAUAAGAUUGUCGAGGCGGAGGAUGUGGCAUCCCGGGGAUUGAAGCUGGAUCCGAACAACAAGGCUCUUCAGAUGGUUGCUGGAAAGAUCGGCGAGCGCAAGGCUGUGCUUGAGCGCAUCGCGGCGAGAAAGAAGGCCGAGGAUGAGCGCACGCGCAAGGAGAAGACGCUGCUUAGUGUUGCGCUGAAGGCGCGUCAGAUCCGUACUCGCAAGACAGAUCAGCCUCCUGAGAUGGAGGACGUGGGCAUCAGACUGUCGCCCGAUCCGCUGUCGCCGGAAAGUACGCUUGAGUUCCCGGCUGUGUUCCUGUACCACAUGGAUGCGCAGACGGAUUUCAUCAAGGCGUUCUCCGAAAUGCAUUCGAUCGAGGAUCACCUCGACUACAUCUUCCCGUUGCCGUGGGAUCAGAAGGGAGAGUACAAGAUCAAUACGGUGGAGUGCUUCAUGGAGACGGUUACGGGUGGUUUGAUCCGGGCUGGCAAGAAGGUGCCAUUGGUACAGAUCCUUAGUGGUGGAAAGGUUGAGGUUGUGGAUGAGUUGGUGAAGAUCUACAUUGUGCCGACCAGCAAGAGCGCUAAGUUCAUUGCUGAGAUGAAGGCGCGCAAGGAGGCUUGAAAGCAAUCAGUUGUUUGAGUCUAUUGCAGUUGUUGGAAGCCGCUGGGUUAUGCCAGGGCCAUUUGAAUGGACGGCUGUCCAUUCGCCUAUGUUGCGGUCAGUCCCGCGACAUUCUCGAGUCGAGCCCAAACUUGAGCAUGUAUACAUGCUGCCUGGACCGGCUCUUCUAUUAUAUACCCACUGAGGUUUUGCGGCUGAUAGCCGUUGUAUAUAACAUCCUAUGAUGACGCCUAGACUAU